AUGACCCCCUAUCCCCCUCCCCCCGUUCCUAGCAGGAAGACCCCAGCCACAGAAGUGCUUCCUCUGGAAAGGCAGCUCCACCAGGCCGCCCGCAGGAACAGCACAGGGAGGAUGAAGGAGCUGAUUGAGAGGAAGGUCAACGUCAGGGCCAGGAACCACGUGGGCAGGGUGGCCCUGCACUGGGCCGCGGGCGCGGGGCACGAGCCGGCUGUGCGGCUGCUCCUGGAACACGGGGCUGCCGUGGAUGACGAGGACGCGGUAUGGGCCCUCCUAGGGGCGCGCGUGUGUUUUGGGAUGAACGCGCUCCUCCUGUCUGCCUGGUUUGGCCACUUGCGGAUCCUCCAGAUCCUGGUUAACGCAGGGGCCAAGGUCCACUGUGAGAACAAGGACGGCCUGACCCUGCUGCACUGCGCAGCCCAGAAGGGCCACGUGCCCGUGCUGGCAUUCACCAUGGAGGACCUGGAGGACGUGGCCCUGGACCGUGCAGACAAGCUGGGAAGGACGGCGUUUCACAGGGCAGCCGAGCACGGGCAGCUGGACGCGCUGGACUUCCUCGUGGGCUCCGGCUGUGACCACAGUGUCAAAGACAAGGAGGGAAACACGGCCCUCCACCUGGCUGCUAGCCGGGGCCACGUGGCUGUGCUACAGCGACUCGCCGACAUCGGGCUGGACCUGGAGGAGCAGAACAGGGAAGGACUGACUGCCCUGCACAUGGCUGCUGAAGGGAGCCACCCCGACUGCGUGCAACUCCUCCUCGGGGCCGGGAGCGACGUGAACGCCCUCACCCAGAAGAAGUUGAGCUGCCUCCACUACGCGGCCCUCCGCGGCUCCGAGCACGUGGCCCGAGCGCUUAUCCGUGCAGGAUGCUGCACCAACAUGGCCGAUCACCAGGGCGCCACUCCUGUGCACCUGGCCGUGCAGCACAACUUCCCUGGGCUGGUCCAGCUCCUCAUUGACGCCGGCUGUGACUUGGAUGCCACCGACCAUAGGCAGCAGACGCCCCUCCACCUCGCCGCCGAGAACGCCUGGCAGGACAUAGCGGAGAUGCUUCUCAUCGCUGGGGCUGACCUAACCCUGAGAGAUAAGCAAGGAAAAACGGCGCUGGCGGUGGCCGCCCGCAGCAGCCACAUCAGCCUGGUGGACAUGAUCAUCAAAGCGGACCGGUUCUACCGAUGGGAGAAGGACCACCUGUCGUGCACCGACUCCAGCAGCCCCUCUGGGAAGUGCCUGACCUUUAAGCAGGACCAUCGGCAGGAAACGCAGCAGCUGCGUUCGGUGCUGUGGAGACUGGCCUCCAAGCACCUGCGGCCCCACGAGUGGACAAAGCUUGCAUACUCCUGGGAGUUCACCGAGGACCACGUUUGCGCCAUCGAGCAGCAGUGGACAGGUUCCAGGAGCUACCAGGAGCACGGCCACCGGAUGCUGCUCAUCUGGCUGCACGGCGUGGCUGCGGCUGGCGAGAACCCCAGCAAAGCACUGUUCGAGGGCCUUGUGGCCAUUGGCAGGAGGGACCUGGCUCAAAGCCUCAGGAAGAAAGCAAACGCAGACCCGAGCGCCCCUAGGCAGUGCACAGCCAUGUAGCCACCGCAGUGGGACCUCCGUGAGGGGCCACCGGAACAGAAGAUGACCACCAGCUGAGGACUGUUUGAAAGUCACUGUUAGCAGACCUCCAUCCAGACGCUUUGAAGACAGAGACUCGCGGUCAUGCAGAGACCAGAAUGGGAAUGUUUGUUCUUUUUGUCUGUUCUUGAAUUUGCUAUAGGGGGCAUGUGGUGACCUGAGAGAGAG